CACACACACACACACACACACACACACACACACACACUACUAACAUGUCUACACAUCCAGUGGGUCUUGGAGGUUUCAUUUAAAAGGCAAGGCUUCUGUGACUGCUCUGGUAUUGACAUGUUCUACUGCACAGCAUCCGAGAACGUUUGGGAAAUAAACUGAAGAAACUGAUCUGCACCAAUCUCAGCGAGGAGUCCAGCCGAUACUGUAGUGACAGUUCAGAAACAAACAGGAAACAUGAGGAAAGAGACAAGGAUGUGAUUUGCAACAAAAGUCCCCGGCUGCAAUGUAAUGGUUUUCUGUGGUGCAUUAUGUGUCGCCUCCUGAACAUCCUGCUGGCUCUGCUGAGUCGCUUCCUGUUUGCGGUCCACGGGGUGGUGACGGUGUGGCGUGUGGUGGCCGUUAAAGAGGAGCCGCUCUAUUGGCUGCUGCUGACCGGCGUAGCUCUGCUGGGCGUGGAAAUGGCUGUCACUCUGAAGUGCACCCGAAACGCAGAGUGGAAAUGGUUCUCCCCCAUGGUUUUCCUCUAUCUCAGUACCGUCAUCCCGUCCAUUUGGUUCCUGGAGCUGAGCCUGCUGCAGUCCAAGCUGCCCCUCAACAAUUCCUCAGGCCCCGAGCUUCAUUUGCUGGCUCACAUCCCGAUCACAGCGGCCAUCGUGGAGCUGGACCCGGAGAACUGGGUAGCUGGCCUGGAGCAGACCAUGCUCAUAGUGUUGGUUCUGGGUCGCUGGCUGAUGCCCAAGGGGGACAUGUCCCGCGACCAGCUCUCCCAGCUCCUCAUGGUCUAUGUGGGACUGGGCGCUGACAUCCUGGACAUCUUCGACACCUUCAAGGAGCCUGAGGUCAAAACCAACCAAACGGUUGUCUACAUGGGCCUUGGCCUCUUCUCUUGGGCGCUCAUGCAGUUCCCUCUGGUGCUGACCCAGACACAACUCCCAGAGGGUGAGCCUCAGCAGAAGAGUGUGGGUCAACUCACCUGCCGCCCUGCUGCUCCAUCGUCCUUCACCUCCUGCUGCUCCAGCGAAGUAUGGAGCUUGCUGCUCACUGUGGGCCUCCAAGAUGGCCCGUUUCUGCUUUACCGGCUCUACCUCAUGGUCCAAGAGCAGGUGCUCAACCAGCUGAUGAUCUUCUUCACCUGCAAGAACAUCCUCAUCGUCCUCUUGGAGCUUUACAGGAUCUUUGUGGUGCAGUGCGAGCAGCGGGUUGGGGGAUCAGGGUUGGGGAGGUGUUCCGCUCUGGUGCUCCGGUGUCAAACCAAAAGGGGUGGGGAAGAGGAGGAAGAGGAGGAGGAGGAGGAGGGGGAGGAAGCAGGUGGAGAGGAGCAGAGCUGUCAUACAGACACAGAGAGGGGCACUGGGAGGGAGGAAGAUCAGGAAGAUGCCCAGGUAUAGAAAGGCUCAAAAUGCCGUGAGGCAUGACUUUAGCCCUUCGGGGGGAGGACGGCUUUCACACACCAAGAGAAAAGACAGACCCAUCUGCAAUCUAUUGCAUCUCAGCCUCGCUCAGAGACAGUCUGGGCUCUCUGGAGGUUCAGUGACUAGAAAUAGACCACAAGAGAAGAGAAUAAGUCCCCACUGAAAAGAUCAGAGAGGAAUUUAUGCAACCCCCUUUGAUAAAACCUUUCCAAGAAGUGGUGUUUCAGUCAGAGGAGGUUUCUGUGCUGAAGAAAAACUAGCUCCACGAGUUUAGAACAAACUGUCAAUCUCUUUGAUACAUGAGAGCAUUAACAAGAUAGCUGGAACCAAGUCGCAUUGCUUUAUGCUCGAUUUUUUUAAUCGACAACAGCUUGUGGUGAUCUCAUUAAGUAGUGCAUGUGCAUUUUUAAUAAAAUGAUUGUAAAGAUGAUGACUCUGACAGGAGACACUAUGUGGAUUGUGUGAAUAUGGCAGAGAAAGAUGAUGAUACAUGCCUUGCUUAAUUAAUAACCAUUUUCUAAUAAAGAUACUUCAG